GGAGGAGGCGGCACCGGCCGCGGUUUGGGGAGGGCACCUCCCCCGAUCCAUGGAUUUGGCGACCGCGCGCCUAACCCAUGGAUCGCUAGUCCAUGUUUGCGCGCCCCCGAUGCCUACUUCAAGCAUCGAGUGGCUCUCCUCUUGCUCCCUCCUCGUACCGGGGCGGGCGGGGAAGCUCGAGCUAUCCCCAGCGGCUUCCUGCUCCAUGCUUCCGCCCACCUCUUCCUCCUCCCCCUCCUCCUCCUCUUCCUCCUCCUCCUCCUCAGUCUCUUGGCCGGUUUUUUGUUGUUCUGGCAUGGUUCUCCGCCUGGACGACAAGGCGGGGAGGCUCUCCGAGAAGAUCGAGCUGGGGGUGGUAGGCCGGCGUGUCCCCUUCGGGCUCUCGGGGCCGGGCUCGCAGGAGGACGAGCGGAAGCGGAAGGAGUGGGAUGUCUCGGACAAGCUGGUGGACGAGGAGAGCUGCAGGCUGCUCGCCCUCAACGGCGACGCCGACCUCUGAGCGUGCGAGAUCAGGGGCCACGUGGGGUGGGGGUACUUCAGUAGCAAGUCAUGGGCCACCACCCACCAAACCGCCCCAAGCCAACCCGAAGCCCUCAAUCUGCC